GCUUUCUUUCUCGCGCCUCUUGGUCAAAGUGCAUGGUUCUCUUGUUUGGAGCUGAGGCUGACUAAGACCUAAUCAGCGACUUGCACUAGUUUAUUUAGCCAUCCAACAAUAAUUUUAAAAAAAUAAUACAUAAAAAAUGACACAGAAGGCUGAGCUCGCUUGCGUUUACGCCGCACUCAUUCUCGCCGACGACGAUGUCGCCGUAACUGGUGAGAAGAUUCAGACUAUCCUCAAGGCAGCCAAUGUUGAUGUUGAGCCAUACUGGCCUGGUCUCUUCACAAAGGCUCUUGAAGGUGUCAAUGUCAAGGACUUGAUCACCAAGAUUGGUGCUGGAGCUGGUGCUGCUCCCGCAGCUGGUGCACCAGUUGCUGCUGCUGCUGCUGCUGAGGCUCCGGCUGCUAAGGAAGAGAAGAAGAAGGAAGAGUCUGAUGAGGGAUCUGACGAUGACUUGGGCUUUGGUCUGUUUGAUUAAAUCAGUACCUGUGAGUGCUCACCAUUUUUGUACAGUUCUAUUGUACAUGUGACAAAAUAAAAAAAAAUUAAAAAAUUGAA